GACAGAUGUGGGGUGAUGUGUUUGAAUUAAAGAAAUAUUCUAUAAAAAUUAAUAAUUCGAUCGUUUUAUUAUGUUUUCACUAUUUUGUAGUCAAUAAAUAGAUGCAAUAAUGAAUUUCAACGCUUCCAGAAACGUUAAUCAGUCUGGGGGCAUACGGAAGGCGAAACGAGUUAGCGAUGUUUCGGCGAUGGGGUCCCCAACACCGGCGCCUGCUUUCAGCCCGGGGCCGGCGUACAGUGCACCGUACGCACAGGCAACCCCGCCGCCUGCCUACCAAGAGGGGAUCCAACUAGAAACUCCUCCGGACUUUGGUUCGCCAAUACCUCCUGCAAAUUAUGGCUACAUGGGUGGUUUUCCACAGGCUGCUAUGACAUCACCCGCUCAAAUAGGAUCAAUGUUGCAGCAACCUAUUGUUCAGGACAUGGCACUGCAAUAUGGAAACCAACUGGCGACCCAGGGCCGCGAGGCGGUGCAGCGGGAGCUGAACAAGUAUGUACCUGUCUCACGGUUGCGGUAUUACUUCGCGGUGGACACCAGAUAUGUCUUCAAGAAACUGCUCCUCAUAAUAUUUCCAUUUACACACAAGGAGUGGAUGGUGAAAUAUGACCAGGACUCGCCAGUGCAGCCGCGGUACGAUAUCAAUGCUCCCGACCUUUAUAUACCCUCCAUGGGGUAUGUCACUUAUGUGCUGCUCGCUGGGUUCAUGCUUGGUCUCCAACACCGAUUUUCACCAGAACAAAUAGGCAUACAAGCAUCAAGUGCUCUCGCGUAUAUAAUAUUUGAAAUGGUGAUCUACCUGCUGACGCUAUACAUCACGAGUACCAGCACCAACCUGAAGACGUUGGAUCUGCUGGCCUUCUCCGGGUACAAGUAUGCGGUGAUGAUCGGCAGCCUGCUGGCCGGGCUGCUGUUGGGCAAGACGGGGUACUACUGUUGUCUCGUCUACACUAGUUGUACACUAUCUUACUUCUUGGUUAAAACCCUAAGGGUGCAAGUAUUGGCGGGGUCGCAGAGUGCCGUCCCGGAGCAGACACCGUACGGGUACCAGGCGCCGUACGGGGGCGCCAACCCCUACGUGGACGCGUGGGGGGCGCGGGGGGGCGGCGGGGGGGGAGGCGGCGCCGGGACCAAGCGCCGCGUGUACUUCCUGCUGUUCGUGUCGGUGGUGCAGCCGCUGCUGUCGUGGUGGCUCACGUACGGGCUGGUGCCCCUGGGGGCCGCCCCCGGAGCCCCCGGGGCGCCGCCGCCGCCCCUGGCCAGCCUCGCGCCCGCGCGAUAGCACCGCCCCGCGGACGUACUUACCUAGUUCUCAUGUAAAAGAGUAUAAACCCGAUUGGCACCCGAUCGAUUGGAUCCGAUGAAGUAAGGCUGGUUGUUUAGUGAAUGUAGAAAUGCACACAUCGAACUGCACACCGGUCCAACCGAUUAAGUGCCAAAUUGUGUAAUUAGAUUUUAAAGCAACUUCCUGAUUGGUCGGUACACUGAUAUUUAUAUAAUUAAUGUUGUAAAUAACCGUUAAAACAUCAAUACAAACGUAUUGGUUAUGUUUUUAAUACGUUUAUACGCAUAGAUAGAUGAAUCAAACGAUUUGCAACUCUAGUACAUAUAUAAUAGAAUACAAAAUCAGAUUUUUAAUACCAACCAACAUCCCUGCAUACUUAGUAAUUUUCCUUGACAAUAUAAUAAAAAAAUUCUUUAUUCAAAUAAACCUAAAUUUAAACAACUUUUUUUUUAAAUCUACCGCUC